GUUUCUCCAAGUCGCGGUUUUUGGCUUUUUUUUCUCUUGCGCUUUUUUAACUCAACUCUUCGGUAGCCUAAAAUAAAAAGUUGUUAUUACACAACCAAGAUGGCGUUGCUUGUAAGAUCCUUGGCCCGUUCGUCAUGCAUCCUAAAGCAGACAUCCAUGCUGAUCCCCAGAAGGUCAACCAUGGCCACAAAUGCGUACGAGGAGAUGGGAAAAUACUGGAGCAGGAACAGGAAGUUGAAUCGUCCUCUGUCCCCUUUUCUAACAGUGUACAAGCCCCAUCUUGCCAUGAUGACGUCACUGACACAUAGAGUGACUGGGGUAGUCAUGCAAGUUGUGAUCUGUGGCACAUCAAUCCUGCUUCUGUGUCUGCCUGGUGACUACAAGACCAACCUGGAGUACAUCCGCAACUUGAGCCUGGGACCUGUCAUCAUCUACGCCCUCAAGUAUAUCUUUGCUUUCCCAGUCACCUACCACUUCCUCAAUGGACUCAGACAUUUGGCCUGGGAUGCUGGCUAUGGGUUUGGUCUCAAGACCUUGUACAAGUCGGCCUAUUUCGUCAUGGCUUUAACAGCCGUUGUCUCGACCUACUUUGUCUUUGGCAUCAAGCCUUCAGUCUUGUAAACUUUAUUUUUUGUAUUAUAUUUGCGUUAUUCGUUAAAUCGUAAUUAUAUUUUAAAAAGUUUAGCACCAGAGGUUUGUUUGAUCAUUCAUGAGCAGAAUCUCAUCACGAAUUGAGAAGCAUGGAGUAAUAAGCUGUCGGGGUGUUAGCUUGCCUGUGGCAGUUGUUUGAACUGUUACCAUGUGAUAUGCCAGCUGUAGGUAUUGAUAUUAAUCACUGAACCAGCAGAAUGCUGCUGUAUCUUGUCUGAAAGUUGGGUGAUGUUGUUGCUGGAAUAUUUACUGGAACCAUUUUGUCUUGGAGUGGGAAAAUUUUGUUUUGUGCUGGCUCAAUAAAAUGUUUUUUCUAACUUUAGAGAAGAAUAAAUGAUUUAUUGUA